GGAGCCCGUAGGAGGCUGCGUAUUGGCCGGCGCGUUGUUGCCAAGGUGACGGGUGGGCCCGGCGGGGUCCCGUCAGGGCGGGGGCUAGGGUGCCCGGCGGUUUCCGCCGCGCCCUGGCCGGCGCGCGUCUGCGGCGGGCGGGGCCGGCCCCCGCGCGCCCCCUGGCCCCGCGUGCCCCCGCCGCUCGGGACGCGCCGCCCUCCGCCUCCGUCUCCGCCCCCAGGAGCUGCGGCCGCCGGCUGCGAGCGCCGCUUGUCCGGGCCAGCGGGCGCGAUGGGCUGCGGGAACUCCACCGCCACCAGCGCGGGCGCGGGCCCAGGCCCUGCAGGAGCGGCUAAAGAUGUAACAGAAGACUCGUUAACAGAAGAUGACAAGAGGCGAAACUACGGAGGAGUGUAUGUUGGUCUCCCAUCUGAAGCUGUCAACAUGGUAUCUAAUCCAACAAAGACAGUUCGAAAAAAUUAGAAGAAAAUAUCAUGACAGUAAUCAAGAGCUUGUUCUUCAAGAUUUAGAGACGUUGUAAUGUGCAGACAUUUCCAAGGAAAUUCUAAACAGUCACCUGCCUCCCCAACCUCCCCAAAGUUCUUAAGUCUGUGGUUACAGCCAUGGGUGCAUAUGGAACGAUGUGCUACUAGAAAGGACUUAGUUAGACAGUACACCUGCAUAUGGAACUUUCCACGGUCCACCUACAAAAGACGAGCUAACAGACUGCUGCCCAGCUAGCCUGCUCUGCGCCAGCAGCGUUUCUACCCUGGCCACUCUGCCUGGUUCAUGAAGAUGACGCCUUUUCACUGAUACUUUUUUGAUAGUUUUUAUAUAACCAAGUCCUUAUUCUAUUUGUAACUGAAGUUAAUAAGGCACUAUAGACGAAUUACCUGAAAUAAUAUAUUUGUCUGUUAUCUUUCCCUAUUUCUACUUCACAUUAAUUUUUAGCUGUAGAAUUGUUAAAUUGAUUCUUACUGUUAUCUCUUUCCCUUUUUUUACUAUUUGGUUUUCAGCUUUAUUUAAAUGUCAGAGAAUUUCUUUCAUUAGGAACAAUGUAUGACAUUGCAGUAUUAAAGAUAAAUGACUGAAACUGGCAUGUGAUAGACACAUUUGAUUAUCUUCCUGUUUCCUUUAGUUCAAGGCUCUGUGACUACAAACACUACAUAGCCAUUGAGUCUCCCAUUCUACUUUCGAACGAUCACAGCCUCUCCUCAUGUUAAUCCUAUACUAUUUCAAGGACCUGUGAUGGAUGGUUAAGAGGAUAUUUGGAAAGUUUUUAAUUUGAUGAUGACAUGUGUAUCCUCUUAGUAUUGCAAUGUAAAUUACUCAAUUUACCAAUGUAUUUCAAUAAUUAAAAUAUUUUUAUCCCUGUUUA